GAAGGGGGCGUAGUCGCUGUAAGUACAUGGCAAAUUCCUGCAGACAGUGAGGAUGAGGAGCUCCUAAUCGGUAGAUUAAAGCCAUUUAAUUGAUUAUUUUGAUUGUGCUAGUCGUUCUACCUUAAAACGAUGACUUCAACGGACCCUAGUGCAUCAAAUAGUGCCUUGCUUUAUUUGAUUUAUCAGCAUUUAAAGGAGAAUGGUUACCAGAAGGCUGCAAACGUGCUGAAAAAACAUGUAACUCAGAUGGAAGCACCAGAAGAGAUCACCUCUUUACAUGACAUCUACACAAGUUGGACCAAGGUCUCGGAAAUUGGACAAAACCCAAAACAAGAGCCUGAAGUGGAUUCCACCACCCUGAAGAAGAUUAAGGCCGAUCCAUCAACCAAAGAAGAAGAAGAUGUGGACUCAAAACCAAUUGAUUCUCUACCUCCUGCCCCCCACACACCCCAGGGUGCAACCCCAGAGAAUGAGGAGCCGGUCCCACAGGAUGAGUUGUCAUCUACUCCAGUCAGUAACGGGACAGUGGAAACAUCAGCCCCUGUACCAGCGGUCACCCCUUUAAAACCAGCAGUGAGCUCAGACAGUGACUCUGAGAGCAAGGAGGAGAUUCCCCUCACACAGGGAGAUACUGUCACCCCAAAGGCCUCUUCAGCUGUCCCUACCACCACGCCCUCAAAACAUGUAGACGGGAACAGCGAAUCAGACAGUGAGAAUGAGAUUCAUCCAUCACAGACUGUUGUCAUUCCCAGUAAGGCCUCAGCUCCCAGUAAGGCCUCAGCUCCCAGUAAAACUCCAGCCAUCCCUACAGCUCCCAGUAAAGCAGAGAGUUCAGACAGUGAAGAGGAGGUUACUGUCAAGAAACUAGCAUCUACGGCUGCUCUUAUGAAACCAGCCAAGGCGAUCCCAGCAGCCCCAGUGAAGCCCAGUGUAGUCAUCCCCAGUCAGGCUACAGCUGCUCCCAAGACUCCUGCUGCAGGGAAGAAAACACAGAGCUCUGACAGCGACAGCUCUGACUCAGACAGUGAGGAGGAGGCUCCUAAAAAGAAACCUGUGGCGACACCCAAAGCCAAGCCUGUGGCUGCAACUCUGGUCAAGGCAGAAGCAGUGAAAUCCACCCCUAUUAAAAAAACAACAAACAGCUCAGACAGUGACAGUGAUGACACUGAGGAGGAGGCUCCUGUAAAGAAUCCUGCACUGACACCCAAAGCUGCUCCUGUGAAACCAGUCAAGGCGAGCCCAGCAGCCCCAGUGAAGCCCAGUGUAGUCACCCCCAGUCAGGCUACAGCUGCUCCCAAGACUCCUGCUGCAGGGAAGAAAACACAGAGCUCUGACAGCGACAGCUCUGACUCAGACAGUGAAGAUGAGUUAACUGUAAAGAAAUCAACACAGACCCUGAAAGCUGCUCCUGUGAAACCAGUCAAGGCGAUCCCAGCAGCCCCAGUGAAGCCCAGUGUAGUCACCCCCAGUCAGGCUACAGCUGCUCCCAAGACUCCUGCUGCAGGGAAGAAAACACAGAGCUCUGACAGCGACAGCUCUGACUCAGACAGUGAAGAUGAGUUAACUGUAAAGAAUCCUGCACAGACCCUGAAAGCUGCUCCUGUGAAACCAGCCAAGGCGAACCCAGCAGCCCCAGUGAAGCCCAGUGUAGUCACCCCCAGUCAGGCUACAGCUGCUCCCAAGACUCCUGCUGCAGGGAAGAAAGCACAGAGCUCUGACAGCGACAGCUCUGACUCAGACAGUGAAGAUGAGUUAACUGUAAAGAAAUCAACACAGACCCUGAAAGCUGCUCCUGUGAAACCAGCCAAGGCGAUCCCAGCAGCCCCAGUGAAGCCCAGUGUAGUCACCCCCAGUCAGGCUACAGCUGCUCCCAAGACUCCUGCUGCAGGGAAGAAAACACAGAGCUCUGACAGCGACAGCUCUGACUCAGACAGUGAGGAGGAGGCUCCUAAGCCUCCUGCUACAGUCAUAGAGGCAGCUCCCAGUAAGGCCUCAGCUCCCAGUAAGACUCCAGCCACCCCUACAGCUCCCAGUAAAGCAGAGACCUCAGACAGUGACACCUCAGACAGUGAAGAGGAGGUUACUGUCAAGAAACAGACACCCAAAGCUGCUCCUGUGAAACCAGCCAAGGCGAGCCCAGCAGCCCCAGUGAAGCCCAGUGUAGUCACCCCCAGUCAGGCUACAGCUGCUCCCAAGACUCCUGCUGCAGGGAAGAAAACACAGAGCUCUGACAGCGACAGCUCUGACUCAGACAGUGAGGAGGAGGCUCCUGUAAAGAAAACCACCCCAGUCUCAGCCCCAAGCAAGGCCAAAGCCUCUCCUAAGACCCCAGCAGCAGCUGCUAAGAUGGAGACUGACAGCUCAGAUUCCUCUGACAGUGAGGAUGAGGCCCCUGCCAAGCCCACUCCCAGCCCAGCUAAAACCACACCCAAGGCCCCUGCUGCAGCUAAGAAGGCCGACAGCUCGGACAGUGAUGAGGCUGACACUGAGGAGGGCAAGCCAGCUAAAAAGGUCACUGCUACCUCCGUAGCCAAACCUUCAACUCCAGUACAGGAGGAGGACAACGAUUCCUCAGACAGUGAGGAUGAAGAAAUACCAUCGAAACCAGAAUCCACACCAUCUGAGAAAUCUGUCACGCAAACCCAGGCAACGCCUCCUGCUGGCAAGGAGGGAGGUACAGAGGAACACAGUCCAGCAGAGAAGGUUGAAGCUAUUCCAGUCAUACCUACAACUGAAACAGCAGCUGAGGAAAACAGCAGUGAUGAUCCAACCGAUAUUGAAGGAUCUCCUCCUGAAGUCCCUGAGGUGGACACACCCCCUGCCUCUGGGCCAGAGAGUGAAAAGGAGGAGGAGGUCCCAGAGAGUCCCCAGAAGGUCCUAAAGACAGAUACUUCUUCAGAGAAACCCAAGACAGAGGAUCAGAUAGUGACCUCUACAACAUCAGAGGACAAGAGUGACACCCCUGAACUCCCAUCAGAAGCCCCUGCUACGGCUGCUGAGAUCAGAACUGCUUUAGAAGAGGAGUCAAAGGAGUGUGUUGACCCAGUUAUCACCAAUUCAGCAUCUGAAGACUCGGAGCCUGAAAAAGUGACCAUUGAGACAGUUGUUGAGACAAUCCCCACAGAGACAGAGGAGCCGAACACUGAUACCCCAACACCUGGAUCAAAGAGGAAGAGGAGUAAAGAGACAACGGACGCAACUCCCAAGAAGAAGAAGAUGAAGAAGAAGAAGAAGGGGGAGGUUGAAGAGAAUGGGCAGCCUGCAGUAGAGGAGGAUGGGGAUGAGUCCAGUCUGGACACAAAGGGGUUGGAGCUGACUCCAUCAGACGAUUCCAAGGUGGAUACCACCCCGGCUUCAGAGUCUGGCUCCACCACUCUUGUUCUGUCAGCAAAGUCACUCAAGAAAAGGAAAAGAAAGAGGGCGAAGAAAAGAGGUGCGAAGGCCGAGAGGGAGUCACCGGAAGAGGACGAAAAAACAGACUUCGUCCCAAAAAAUAAAAAAAUAAAAAAGAGCAAGAAAAACACAACAUCCAACCUGACACCACCAACUCCAAAGACCACAGCUGCUAAGAGGCCUCUUCCUCCCACCCCUGAGCCGGAGGAGCUAGAGACUCCCAAGAAGAAGAAGAAGAAGAAAGUUGCAGAGAAAGGGUGCGCUGUGAAGGAAAAUACAACUCCAGGCAUUGAAACAAAGAAGAAAAAGAAGAAAGUCGCAGAGAAAGGGAGCGCUGUGAAGUUAAAUACAACUCCAGGCAUUGAAACAAAGAAGAAAAAGAAGAAGGCUACUAAAGCUGAAAACACUGUGAAAGACUCUGCAAUCUCAACUCCUGAACCGAGCCUUACACCAGAGACCCCAAAAAACAAAAAGAAGAAAAACAAGCUGACAGAGAAAAAGGAGAAAAUUAAAACUGCAUGGAAAACACCAGUAAAAGCCUCAACAGGACCUUUGCCUAACACAGAAGUGACUAAGAAAAAUAAGUCCUUCAAAAAGAAAUAAUCCAAUGGUGAAAUGUCAGGAGAUGGUGGAUAUCUUCUCCAGGGAAUGAAGUGGAGCUGCCAACGUCAAUCAGAAGACCACCUCGAUCACACUGGUGCCUGAGGUUUCAACCAAAAGAAGGGGAAACUGGAGUUCUGGCCUGUACAUGUACUUAAGGUUCUACACAUGUAUUUUAGGGGAACAUCUGUAUUGUGUUACUAACAACACAAUCUAUGUUUUAACCAUAUAUUCUAUAAGCUUGCUAAACCAGGCAUGUAUUGACAUGAAAAAGGCAAAAUAAUCAUACCAUUCUAUUUGAAAUGUUGAAUAAACGGGACACAGAAACUAACACAUUUGCACAGCCUGAUGGAACGUGAACCCAUCGUCAGUGUAUUUGCCAAGUCCUAACCAAUGAUAAAACAAUCAUUAGGUAUUAAUAUGUCCUUGGUCUAGCAUUGCUGUCUUGAUAAUGUUGUAGGGUGUAGUACUCUUGCAUGUUGUGGGUUUUCAUUUCUGUUCUUUAAGCUGUGAACACUUCCACAUAAUUGUGUGUAAGGUAAGGGAUUGUUAGGACUCAAAAUGGGGAACACUUGUAGCAAAUGUCACUCCAAAUACUGUACUAUGCACCUCACGAAUCCUAUUGCUGAGCCCAUAGCCUUGUGUUUUAGCACAUAUGUUAGACCCAUACACCUAUGCAGAGGAAGGUUCUGAGGGACCAGAGGAGGAUAGCUGAUCUGACUGACUCAGAGAAUUUGCUGAACUCCCAUGUUUACAAACCAGUAUUUGUGUCACAUUCUUGUGAAAACAAACUUUUCUUCCAUUUGUCAUUUUCUGAUUGUUCAUUAUCAAUAAAAAAUGGUUUAAUCUCUUAA